AUGUCCGCCAACGACUACUACGGCGGCGGCGGCGGCGGCGGCGGCGGCUAUCCCCAGCAAACCAACUACUCUCAGCACGGCCAGCACGGCCAGCACGGCCAGCACGGCCAGCAGCAGGGCUACGGCCAGCCCAGCUACGCCCCGCAGGUUGGUCCCCUCGCCUCCGAACCCCUCCUCGCCCGUCCACCUGCCGGGCAACCGCUAACGGGGCCCGCCGCACCAGCAGCACCAGCACCAGCACCAGCAGCACCAACCGCAAUACUCCCAGCCGCACACGACGCUCCCUACGGCCAGCCGCCCCAGCAACCCAACUACGGCCAGCAGCCGAGCUACGACAACCGCGGCCACUCACCCCAGCCAUCCUCCUACGCCGCCGGCCAACCGCACUACGCCAACGGCCCCGGCCAACCGCAGUACCACCAGCAACCCCCCGGCGGCGCCGCCAACGCCUACCCCAACGCGCCCGGACAGUAUCCCGGCGGACCCGGCGGACCCGGCGGACCCGACGGUGAGCGUGGCCUCGGCGCAACCCUCGUCGGCGGCGGCGCUGCCGGCUGGGCCGCCCACAAGGCCGGCGGCGGCAUGCUCGGCACCAUCGGCGCCGUCGCCGCCGGUGCCAUCGGCGCGAAUGUGCUGGAGCACGCCAUCAAGAAGAAGAAGAAGCACAAGAAGAGCAAGCAUGGCCACCGCGGCAUGGGCGGGAGCAGCAGCGACAGCGGCAGCAGCAGCAGCGACUCUGACUAG